AUGGGUUUGGAAGAUUACAAAGAAAUUGUCGCAAAUGUCGCUUCUGUUUGCACCAUGGGGCAUAUGAUGUCCGGAACGCUUGUAUGUAAAGAUAUCUACAAGAAAGGAUCAUCAGAAGGAUUUGAUGCUAAACCCUUUGUUUUUGGUAUCGGAGUAGGAAUGCUCAUGUUCCAGUAUGCAUUCAUCUUAAAUGAUCCGGCAAUGAUUAAAGUUAAUAUGUUUGGGUUGACCACCAGUAUUCUCUACGUAACAGUCUUUUAUCUUUAUGCUCCUAACAAGGGUGAGAUGAUGAAAUUAAUAGGCAAGACUCUAGGAUUAGCGUCUAUUUUUUUGGCGUACGCUAAAUUUGAAAGCCCUGACUUGAUUGAAUUCAGAUACGGUCUAUUGACAACGGCAUUAUUAUUGAUGUUAGUUGGAACUCCGCUUAUGAAUCUCGGUCAAGUAAUAAAAACCAAGAGCACUGAAAUUCUUCCAUUCCCGUUGAUUGCCAUGGGAACUGUUGUAUCUUUUCUAUGGUUGCUUUAUGGAAUUAUCAUUGAUAACGGAUUCAUUGUCGUAAGUAGAUAAGACAAAUAAGUUUCGGCUGAUGAAAUUUACUACUUAAUUACUGUUGAAACUUGU